AUGAGUAUAUUAGAAAAUUGUGAAGAAAAAAAUAAUAAUGUUCAUAAGAUAAAUGAAAGUAGUAUUAAUGAUAUAAAGGAGUGUAAAAGUGUAAGUGAUAUUGUCAAAUAUAUUAUAACAUUAGGAAUAUGGGAGAUGUAUACUUAUGAGUGGAUAUUUAAUAGAAAAACAUUUUUAUAUUACAAUACGUUAUUAGGAAAUUAUUAUUUCUAUGAUAAAAAUAAUAAUUUGAUUUUAUUUAGUGAAAAUUCUUUUUUUUUUUAUGUGUAUUCAUUUGAGAAUACAGAAUUUAUAUCUAAUAUGUUCUUUAAACAAAAUGGAAAAAAAAAAGAAUUAAAACUAACUAGUUACGCAAAAACAAUGCAAGGAAGGAGAAAAAAACAAGAAGACAGAUAUAUUAUUGUAACUGAUUUAACUAGAUAUAUUGAUUCAAAUGAUUAUAAAACAUUAUUUUUCUAUAAAAAAAAUCCUUUAUAUUUUUUUUCUAUAUUUGAUGGUCAUAGAGGAAUAAAAGCUUGUGAAUAUUGCAUGAAUAAUAUAAUAAAAAAUAUUAUUUAUUAUUUUUAUAAUCAAGAUAUUAAUGAAGAAACUAAUGUAUCAUUAAACAAUUUAGGUGAACCACACAGUACUUUAAAUAGUUCUAGCUUAAUUAAAUCUCAAAAUUCUACUGAUAGCAAUCAAGUAAAUGAAAAAAAUUCCAAUGAGAAUACAAAAAAAAAUGAAUUAAAUAUAGAUAAAAAAAACAAAAACUUUGAAAAUGAUUGCAUAAAUGUAAAUAAUUUUGAUAAUUCAUUCUAUAAUUCUAAUGUAAAUGAAAAUAAAGGCGUAAAUAAAAAUGAAAAUAACUGUGAAAAUAGAAAUUUAAAUAAAAAUAAAGAUGAAAAUUUAACUAAAAAUGAAAAUAUAGAUAUAGAUGAAAGCUUAAAUAGAAAAAAAAGGAAAAUUGAAAAAGAAGUAAUGGAAAAUAAGGAGAAUUAUGAAAUAUCGGAAGAAAAUAAUAAAUUAAGCAAAGAUAAAACUAUUGAAGAUAAUAUAAAAGAAGAAAAAAAAUAUUGCAAAGAUACAACUACGCAAAAUGAUGAUAAUAAUAAAUCUGAAACACAAAAUAAAAAUAAUAGAAAUAAAAAAUUAAAAAUAUUAGAUGAUAUGACUGAUGAAGAAAUAAUAGAAAAUAUAAAAUUAGCUUUUAUAAAAACAGAUGAACAAUUUCUAAAGGUUUCCAAGUUCCCAAAUCACGGUUGCACAAUUAUUUCCCUAAUAAUUUUAAAGAAUAAAAUGUUUAUAGCUAACUUAGGAGAUUGUCGAGCUAUUGGUGUCAUUAAUUUAAAUAACACUUUAAAAACAGAGCAUCUAUCAUACGAUCAUAAACCAAAUGAUCCAAAAGAAAAAGAACGAAUAAAAAAAAUGGGGGGUGAUGUUAUUUGCUUACAGAAUGUUUAUAGAGUCAAAGCAAAUAUGAAAAAAAAUAAUAAUGAUAAACCAAGUUUGUUGGAAAGAUUAACUAUGAAAGAGGAAGUUUAUCUUGCAGUUUCAAGAGCAAUAGGAGAUAAAGAUUUUAAAUAUAAUAAUGUAAUAUCAGCUACACCUGAUGUUGUAUGUAAAGAAAUAUAUAAUGAAGAUAUAAAUGAAAAAAACAUACAAAAAGAAAAUAUGAAAAAUAAUGAACUAGAUGUUAAAAAUAAGGUAGAUGAAAAUUAUCUCAAAGAAAAUGAAAAUAUGUAUUAUUCUUUAGACGAAUUGAAUUAUCAUUUUGUUGUAAUGGCCUGCGAUGGUGUAUGGGAUAUUUUGUCUAAUAAGGAUAUUGCUCAAAUUUUGCAAACUUAUCAACAUGAUCCAGAUAAGGCUUGUAGUGAAAUUAUUAAAACUGCAUAUGCUUAUGGGAGUCAAGACAAUUUAACUGCUAUGCUGUUGAAGUUUUAUUGA